AAAAUUCUAUUGCGGCAGAUAUUUAUCUAUUUGUAGAAAAGGGUACUUUCUGUUCAAACUCAGGAGUUGGCGAAAUUAUGGCUGCAAUAACUCUUUCAACAGACUUAAAAAGUAUUUCAAUGUGAAAUUCUUAAUGAAUAACAAAUAUAUAUCAUGUAAACUUGACAAUUUAUAUUACAUUAUUAUAAUCUGCAGAAAUAGCACUGAAAACCGUCAAAAAAUGCUGAGUCUUUACCAUUUAAAUCGUUUUUCAAAAAUGUAUAAUAGGUUUAUGUUGAAAGAUGAAAUAAUCAUGUCCGCAAUUUGAUACUUAAUAUAUAAAAUGAUUUAUCUUCUAAAUCAAUUACUAAUCAUCAUUGUAUAAAAAUAUAUUAUACUAUUCUUUAAAGUUGUAAUCGCUGCGUCCCGUUAAACAUGUCUAUUGGGAACAACGCCGCUGUAAUAAGUAUACCCGGUAUCGACACUUCUAAGUUAUAGAAGAUUAAUGCAGUAGUAUAGUAUACCCCGUUAUUCAAAUGUACAUGUAUAUAGAUUAAAGAUGUAUUUGAUAAAGAAGUUCAAGGAUUGGUCCCGGGGGUGACCAUUUUGUUUGACUCACGACUGCAACUGACGGUGUAUUAUUAUUACCUCACCGUUAUGUAUGGAGCCCCCGGGGUCCUAGGAAACAGCUGACGUUCAUUCACUUCCUUGCAUCAGUCCAACAUGAUUCUCUCUUGCAGAAGAUGGCGAUUCCUGCUAAUUGCCUGUGUCAUACACAGCGCUAUCUCCUUCCCACAAUUCCAGGACCUGAUUCCUAACGGGAAAAAGGUCCCCCACCCCUGUAGCGACGGGGCAUGGUCGGCGGUGGGACACGCUAAUCCCGCGGGUGGCCACCAAAGAAAUCCGUUUGGAAACGAUUUUGCUGCGACCGGAAUGGUUUGGUCCGAAAGUUUUUGUCGAGCCGAUUCUGACGAUGAUGGGAGGACAAACGGCGAAGAAUUGGGGGAUCCAGAAUGCACCUGGAGCCAGGGUCAGGAACUGUCGAACCCCGCCACUGGUCAUCCAGGUGUGUGUGAGCCGAUGGAUGACGAACGAUGUAAAGGCAAAAAUGACUGGGUAGUAUGCAGCAAACAGAAGGAGAUGGAGUGUGACGUGCUUAGUGAUCCGGAUACCCAGUUCUUCGACAUCAGGUUUCCCAAACGUAAAGUCCCCGCAGAGAAGACGACUUACACGUGCAUGGUUGUGGAGGUACCGGAAAUGGAAGACCAUCACAUGGUGGCCAACAAACCCCUGAUAGACAACGAAAACGUCAUGCAUCAUUUGCUGGUCUACGGUUGCCAAGAAGAAGUAUCAAUGAAGCUGAACACGCCUUAUGAAUGCGGUAUGGAGGCGACAGCAUCUUGCAGAGAUUUAAUUGGACUGUGGGUCGUAGGGUCAAAGGGCGAAUGCAUGCAUCCCAAGGCAGGAUUCCGCCUUGGUAAAAAUGGAUACAGACACCUCGCUGUCCAGAUGCAUUGGACCAACAAGCACCAGCACUCAGACUACUACGAUGAGUCCGGGAUGAGGAUAUUCUACACCAAGUCCCUGAGGGAGCAUGACGCCGGGACACUGUGGCUGGGACAGAUGUUCUUUGAGAUCCCCCCACAGGCCCCGGAGACCGACGUACAGGGAGUGUGUACGUCAGAGUGUACCUCCAAAAUCUUCACGGACAACAUCAAUAUAUUCGGAGCCACCAAUCACAUGCAUCUGCUGGGUACUCGAGGGAAAGUUGAGCAUUUCAGGAGCGGGAAGCGUGUGGGAGUCAUAACAAACGAUACCCACUAUACAUACCACAGCCCGGUUCAGAACAGGGUCUGUUUCUCUAAUUCCCCCGAUGUAACCUCGUCCGUCAUUGACAGUCUCCUUAGUAACUACGACAUCAGACUAAGACCCAACUUUGGUGAUGCUGCCGUAGAUGUAGGCAUUGAGUUGGUGGUGGCCAGCUUUGAUACGAUCUCUGAGGUCAAUAUGGACUACACAAUCACAAUAUACCUGAACCAGUACUGGACGGACGAGAGACUGACCCACGGGAACCUGUCCACCUCCACCAGCCUCACCCUCACGGGAGAUUUCGCGGACAAAAUCUGGGUCCCGGACACCUUCUUCGCCAAUGACAAGAACUCAUUUCUUCAUGACGUCACGGAGAAAAAUAAAAUGAUUCGUUUGUACGGCAACGGGUCCGUCGUCUAUGGAAUGAGAUUCACAACCACACUUGCUUGUAUGAUGGACCUGCAUAACUACCCGCUAGACGAGCAAAACUGUACCGUGGAAAUUGAAAGCUAUGGUUACGACAUGGCGGAUCUAUACCUCCACUGGAGAAGUGGGCACCACUCUGUACACGGCAUACAAGACAUAGAGCUCCCCCAGUUCUCUAUUGUGGAGUAUAGAACGGUGGAGAAGAUAGAGAGCCUACUGACAGGGAAGUAUCCCCGACUGUCGCUCAGUUUCAAGCUCCACAGGAACGUGGGCUACUUCAUCUUCCAGACGUAUCUUCCCUCCAUUCUGAUCGUCAUGCUGUCUUGGGUGUCGUUUUGGAUUAACCAUGAAGCAACAUCAGCGAGAGUGGCUUUAGGAAUUACAACCGUUCUCACCAUGACUACGAUAAGUAAUGGCGUCCGAUCGUCCUUGCCGCGGAUCUCCUAUGUCAAGGCCAUUGACAUUUACUUGGUGACGUGUUUUGUGUUUGUAUUUGCCGCCCUGUUGGAGUAUGCGGCUGUUAACUACACAUACUGGGGAAAGAGAGCGAAGAAGAAGAGGCGGAUCAAAGAAAUGACAGAUAGGAGAGUGAAAUCACAAGAGGAGACCAAAAAUAGCGAUGUGUGUUACACAACUGUCAACAAUCCAGAUGUAUCGCCGGUCAUCUCUCUGAGGGGGAAUAAAGAGACGCAGAUAGAUUUAGAAACAGGAAACACGUCAUUUAUUCCAAGAGCGUGUAUGUCACGUGGUUACAUCCCAGAAUCCUUGGUCAAAAGGAAACGUUCGUCCAGUUUGAGAAAACAGCGGCAUGCAGCGACACAAGGAUCCAUGACAGAGGAAAGAGACAAAUGUAAAUCUAAGUUCUUGUCCAUAAAGGAUGUCAAUAGCAUUGACAGGUUUUCCAGGUUACUGUUUCCGCUGCUCUUCCUGAUUGUUAACGUAGUGUACUGGGGAUUCUACCUUGUGCUGUGAAACCAAAUCGUUCCUUCCAACUGUUACAAAUGAAUCAAUUUUAUUAAAAGAUUGCUUUCUGUUGCCGAUGCAUAAAAGUAACAAAAUAUUUUUUUUCUUUUCUGUACCUCUGCAUGAAACAAACAAGUGUUGAAUGUUAAUAAGGUCGUAAAAGAGAACCAAAAAUUAUAUAGAAAAAUAUAUUAAAUGGAUAAAAGGAGGACAUAGGACAUAGACAAACGUCAUUUCAGUACAGCAUCUGUUUAGUGAACUAUAAGUACUCGGAUGUCCUUCAAUCUAUGUACAUACGGUAUUGUAAAUAGUCUUACUUCAUUAAGGUCAGACGACACGUUCCUCAAUUUUAGAUAACUUUUUCCAGGAAUUUGUUGAUGGUUUACUACUAUUUUGACAAGUUUUCUUGCAAAAAAUUAGGGUACCUUACCAGGCAUUUCUGCAAAAUAAAAGAGUAUGCAAUUUCCUAUAUAAUCUUCUUGAAAAUACACUUGAAUUGCUGGUAUAAAAAUAAAUACAUAUACAGCACAGCAAAAUUCACUACUCUAUCUCUGCCGGGGCGGGGCUUUGAACUCACGACCUCUAGAACCUAUACGCUUCUGGCAGUGAGCGGCCACGGUUCUUAUCACUCGGCCACCUAAACACAUAACCACAUGCAAUUAAAUUUUAAUCAUUUUUAAAUAAUUAUACAAUUAAUUUUUUUAUUGGAACUCUUUAUUACGAGGAGAUACAAAAAAGAUUCUCGAGGAACGUGUCGUCUGACGUUAAUACUGUUCAAACCGAAAAGCAAUCAUUCUUAUUGCACACACUCUAUUACAGCUAAUUUUCAGUCCAUACUGUAUAAUUAUCAACACCGCAUGUACUGUGUAAUUAAUAAAUCAUACUGCUCAAUACUGUAAAGCUUCUUUAACUUUUUUAUUUAUAUUACUGCAACGUCUAUGCUACACACCAACUUAUUUUCACUCCCAAUAGACUGUACCAAUCUUUCUGUGUAGACUCUUGCUGUCCAUACAGCAUAUCAACUAAUUUUACUGUUCAUACUUUUUAAUUUUAUUUUCCAUACUGUAAACAGCUUAUAUUCUGUCCGUAC